GCACCGAUCCGAAUGGUCGGGGACGACUUUCAAAUGUACUACGCAUCACAAAUACCACAGGAAGGUCGUGAACGUGCGUGACUGGCUAUCAAAAUGAACGUCCCGAAAGAAAUAGAACAGUGGGUGACUGAGCAAGAUGGCAUCCAAAACCUUAGAAAGGAAACAUCACCAAUGCCAAAGCCCGGUGAUGGCGAGGUUUUGGUCAAAGUUCACACCGUUUCCUUGAAUUAUCGAGAUACCGAAGUUUGCAACGGCCUUUACGGCCACCACAAGUCCGUGUCGCAGGGCAAAAAGCUUGUACCAUGCUCAGAUAUGUGUGGCACCGUAGUACAGCUCGGCCCCAACUCGACAGGUUUCAAGGAAGGCGACCGUGUGCUCUCGAUCUUCAAUCAAACCCAUCAAACUGGCCAAGUUCUGGAGAAGGACAUGGCUUCUGGACUGGGCCUUCCCACACCUGGCGUCCUCACCCAGUACAAAGUCUUUCCGAGCUACGGCCUCGUGAAAUGCCCUGAGUAUCUGACAGACGAGCAAGCUUGUAACUUGCCCAUUGCGGCUGUGACGGCGUGGAUGAGCAUCAACUGGAUGCAGCCGAUGGGUCAGCAUCUUUCUGGCAAGGACAUAACCGUAGUAUGCCAAGGAACAGGAGGCGUUUCAAUAGCUGGGCUGCAGAUCGCCAAAGCCUGUGGGAUGACAGCAAUCGUGACUUCUAGCUCAGACGCCAAGCUUCAGAGAGCUAAAGAGCUGGGAGCUGACCAUUUGAUCAACUACAAGACGACCCCGGAUUGGGAUAAAGAAGUGCUCCGCAUCACCGAUGGCAAGGGCGCGUCCAUCAUCCUCGAAGCUGGCGGCGCGCUAACGCUGCCCAAAUCCUUUGAAUGCGUCGCGUUUGGCGGCAUGAUUGCCGCCAUAGGAUAUCUGGGUGGCAAAGAGGAGCCAAAGGGCAGCCGCAUGAACGUCAACGUGCUUGCCUUGAAGCGAAACGUUACCAUCAAGGGAAUCUUAAACGGUCCCAAGGACAGGUUCGAGGAGAUGCUGAAGCUGUAUGAGGAGAAGAAGAUCGUGCCGGUUGUGGAUUCGGUGUACCCGUUUUCUCGGUCCAAGGAGGCGUUGCAGUAUCUUGAGAGCGGUAGCCAUUUCGGCAAAGUUGUGAUUACGCUCGAUGCAGUCUCUGAAAAGGCGUGAUCUCGUCGUACAUGAUCACAGGACUCGUUUGCUUUACCUUAGAUGCAAUUCGAUAUGUGCUGCCAUGUUCAAAGUAGAUUAAGAAUCAUAAACUAUGUGCAACCUGCCUACGAGA